UAGAGGCUGUCACAGUGAAAGAGGAAGAGGGGAUAGAGGCUGUCACAGUGAAAGAGGAAGAGGGGGUAGAGGCUGUCACAGUGAAAGAGGAAGAGGGGAUAGAGGCUGUCACAGUGGAAGAGGAUGUUACAGUCCAAGACGUGAACGAGCCUUUUGGGGUGAAAAGGGAAGAGGGGGUAGAGGCUGUCACAGUGAAAGAGGAGGUGGUAGACGCUUUCAGAAUAAAAAAGGAGGAAAUCACAUUGAAAGAAGAAGAGGAUGUUAUUACAGUGAAAGAAGAGAAAGAACCCUUUGGAGUAAAAGAGGGAGAGGAGGCUAUCACAUUAAAUGAAAAGGAGGAUGUUCUAAUGGAAGAAGAGGAAGAACCUGUUGGAGUGGAAGAGAAGGUUAUCUCAAAAGAGGAAGACGUUUUGAGAGUAAAAGAAGACGGGGAUGAGGAGGACGAGUCUGAAGAUCCGAAUAACACAAGAGAGAGACCAGACUCUUACUCUGACAGCGGGAGUACUUCAGCGGAACCAGACCCAGAGAUGCCCAAACCAGUGAAACCACACCACUGCUCCCAAUGUGGAAAUACAUUUUUCUCGUCAGGGGACCUGAAAAAGCAUAAGAGAACACACUCUGUAGAGAGGCCUUUCCAAUGCUCUCAGUGUGGAAAGCAAUUUAUCCAGUCAUCACAUUUGAAAGAGCAUAAGAGAAUACACACAGGAGAGAAGCCUUUCCAAUGCUCCCAGUGUGGAAAUAGUUUUACCCGGUUAAGGUGCCUGAAUAGGCAUAAAGGAAUACACACAGGAGAGAAGCCUUACCACUGUUGUCAUUGUGGACAGAGUUUUAGGUGGUUAGUGACCCUGAAAACACAUGAGAGGACACAUACAGGAGAGAAACCUUUCCAAUGCUCCCAGUGUGGGAAUGCUUUUACACGGUUAGAGAAGCUGAAAGAACAUGAGAGAAUUCACACUGGUGAAAAGCCUUUCCAAUGCUUGCAGUGUGAAAAGAGAUUUAUUCAGUCAUGGAAUCUCAAAGAGCAUGAGAGGAUACACACAGGAGAGAAGCCUUUCCAAUGCUCCCAGUGUGGAAAGAGUUUUACCCGGUUAAGGUACCUGAGUAAGCAUAAAGAAAUACACACGGGAGCGAAGCCUUACCACUGUUCUCAUUGUGGACAGAGUUUUAGGGGGUUAGUAAGCCUUAAAACACAUGAAAGAAUACACACAGGAGAGAAACCUUUCAACUGCUCUCAAUGUGGAAUUACUUUUACCUUGUUAGGGAGCCUGAAAUCACACCAGAGGACACAUGAUAAAAGCCAUACCACUGCUCUCAUUGUGGAAAGAGAACAUGAAAUCGCAUGAUCGAAUAUAGAGUCUGGGGCCAUAUUUGCGAACAUAAGCAAGCAUAUGAAGUUAAAUGGUUUUCAUGCACAAGAUGCAUAUCAGCCAAUGAAAAGUGUUGAUUCACUUACAUGUGACUGACCGCUAAUUUGUAGCUGCUCCCAUCAGAUAACAUUAGCCUUAUGCUAACCUCCCCAGGUGGCAGUGAUUACAUCCUGGCACAACGUCUGCCUCAGCCAAUCAAAUAUCUUAGAUAUUCUAUACACCAACCAAUGGUAUUUCUUUAAAAAAAUAGGUCAACCCUGGCCAUGUGUUUUUAUGGGGGGAAAAAAGAUAAAUCGGGUCCUUACAAAAAAAAACGUUUUAGCGUUGUUAAAAAACAAAGAGCCUUAUGGAUUUAUCAUCUAGUGUAGCAGUCAUGUAGUCUAUCGUCAGUGGUGCAUCAACCCAACUGUCAAACUUGGGUAAAAGCAACGAUGACCUUUCUUAGGUUCUAAUAUUCAGAGUUAAAACUCAAAGGAGACUCUGAAAGCUUUAAAACCAAGUUCAUUCUUCCCAGAGGAUCAAUACAACGGCAUUGGACAAAGACGUUGUUCACACAAGCACUGAUAUUUAACCCCCCCGUCAUCACUAAUCCAUGGCUCUCUCCCCUUAUCAAUGCACUGAUAUUUAACCCCCCGUCAUCACUCAUCCAUGGCCCUCUCCCCUUAUCAAUGCACUGAUAUUUAACCCCCCCGUCAUCACUCAUCCAUGGCUCUCUCCCCUUAUCAAUGCACUGAUAUUUAACCCUUCCUCCCAGGCUGAGUCUCCUCUUGUUCAUCUGAACCUACAUUGUAUCUUUACUGCUAGGCAGGAAACUUAGUGAUACGGGCCAUAAACUUGUCUUUCUCCCUUAACGUGACCUGACCUCGACCCCUGUCAUCACUAUUCCAUGGCUCUCUCCCCUUAUCAAUGCACUGAUAUUUAACCCCCCCGUCAUCACUAUUCCAUGGCUCUCUCCCCUUAUCAAUGCACUGAUAUUUAACCCCCCGUCAUCACUCAUCCAUGGCCCUCUCCCCUUAUCAAUGCACUGAUAUUUAACCCCCCCGUCAUCACUCAUCCAUGGCUCUCUCCCCUUAUCAAUGCACUGAUAUUUAACCCUUCCUCCCAGGCUGAGUCUCCUCUUGUUCAUCUGAACCUACAUUGUAUCUUUACUGCUAGGCAGGAAACUUAGUGAUACGGGCCAUAAACUUGUCUUUCUCCCUUAACGUGACCUGACCUCGACCCCUGUCAUCACUAUUCCAUGGCUCUCUCCCCUUAUCAAUGCACUGAUAUUUAACCCCCCCGUCAUCACUCAUCCAUGGCUCU